AUGGCGAAACAGGUGUCGCGGCUCCCGUUCGACACGCUCGUCCCGAACAAGCCCCUCAUCGCCCACACCCAACUCCGGGGCAAACUCGUCUCCCUCUCGCCCUUCUCGCGCUCGACAAACCUCGGCGGCUUCUCACUCGCUUCGGAUGGCUUGACCGUCUUCUUCGAGCUGCGCGGGGUGUGGGCGAAGGAGGCGCUCGAGGUGUUUGGAGAGAGGAUCGGGAGGUUGAUGGUUGUCCAGAGCAGAGGGGGUGAGCGGGUAGAGGUCAUGAGGCAGCAGAGGGAUAGGCAGGGAGAUGUGGUGCCGGGCGCGAGGAAGCUCAAGGUUGUUUUCGAUGAGGUUAUUGAGGGCGCUUGGGUGGAUCAGGUUACGGGCAAGAAGGGGGAGACGUUCCGCUUCUCCUCCGCGAAAGCCACGAAGAAACACCGACCCGCGUCUACCAAAGCGACUUUCCACCUCGCCUCGGACUCUCCUGAACCCGCCGACACCCUCCCGCCCUCUCGUCAACCUCUCUCUCGCACCCCCUCAGCCCUCUCGGAACUCUCGAACCAGUCGCCCUCUCAGCAACCUGACUCGCUCGCUCGCGCCAAACUUAAACAGCUCGGGGCGUACUCGAAAGCGGCGCAGACGGAGUAUGCGGUUCCGGCACUUGAUCCGAAGAUUGUGCUGAGGAAGAGUGUGUCGCCGCCUCAGAAGGAGCGGAAGUUGAAGCGGUCGGCGUCGAGUGUCGCGAGCGGCGAGGGGAGGGAACCGCCGCAGAAGAGGCAGAGGGUGCAGCGCACCGAAUGGGGGUUGAAUACGGCGGACCGCGAAUACGUCGCGCUCAACACCCUGCCUGGACGGAAGAACUCGCCUGGAAUCUGCGUGAUUGGGAUGGCUGUCGUCGCAGCAGAACCAACACAAGCUCGCGGCGGGACAGGCGACUGGACGAUCCUCCUUGACCUCUACGACCCAACUAUGGCGACAGAGCCCGUCCGCGUGCGCUUCUUCGGUCAGACGAAGGAGCACCUGCCGGUCAUGCAAGACGGCGACAUCGCGGUGAUCCAGCAGUUGAACUGGAACAAGGACAAGAACGUCUGCGUCGCCUACAAGGACAAGGGCAACUACCGCGUCCUACCCGCCGACAAGUUCCUCUCCGACCCGCCUCCGACAAACGAGUCCUUCCCUCUCUCGACCGUCCGCUCCAUUCCCUCCCUCACGUUCGAAGAGCUCCGCUACGCUCGCGACCUCGCACGGUGGGCUCGCACGUACGAUCUCCUCGGGAACGUCCUGCCAAACUAUGCGGCGGAGGCGGGCGUCGGGACGGGCGAGGCGAAGGACGCCAAGGUUAUCAGCAAGGCGCUCGUCAAAGGCAAGUCUGGCAGGGAGAUGAAGAAGAUCGAGGCGAUCAACCCUGACGAGUUCUGCGAUACGCGCGGCGAGAUCGUCAAGUUCUACAACCCGCACAUCCUGAACCGCGGCCAGCCAGUCCACCGCAACGAAGCCUGCAUCCUCUACAUCACCGACUACACCAUCAACGACCAACUGAUGCACUACGAGCCAGACUCGUCCGUCCGCGUCGCAGGCCAACGCGUCCUUCAGGUAUCGAUCUUUGGCGCGCAGAACGACCCGCUGCUCGCAUUUCACGAGGACAAACUCAAGGGACGGUUGGUGAGCUUGCGCAAUAUCCGCCCGAAGCUCAACGGGAGCGACUUGCUCGAGGCGACGAUGGUCGAGGACGAGAAGUAUCCUCACAACCGCGAUGUCACGCUGCUUGACGGGAGCGGCGUCGACCGAGUCUGGUAUAAAGAGCUCAAGAUGCGCCGCGAAGCCUACUGGAACUCGCUUGCGGGUCUGAGCGACGCUCUCGCGCCCGUCUUCAGCGCUCCGACAGCAGCGCUUGCGCCUGCUCCCAUCGCCGACACCACCGGCCUGUCCGUCCAGCCUAUCGCUCCCGCCGUCCAGCUCAACAGCGAGGGAACGUACUGCUUCAAGGUCCGCGUCGUCGGCUACAUGCCGCAGAAGAUCGAGGAGUGGAUCCUUGCAACGUGUCCGAAAUGCGAGCGCGAGCUACAAGCGACUGAGCUUGCCUGCAUCGAUCACGGCGAGGUCCGCUACGAAUGGGACUUUGUGCUCGCCCUCGCAGACGAGACGGAUCCUUCGAGUCGGAUCCUCGUGCACGUUGACCAGGCAGACGGGGCCCGCCUCUUCCCGACCCUCGCAAGUUCCGACCACCUCAAGCUCCUCCGCUCAGGCGACCCCGUCCUCCUCACCCAACUCACCGCCGGCCUUUUCCGCGGCAGCCUCGGCAACCUCACUACCGUCUACGCUCGCUCAGGACCUGACGGCGUCCAAGCAGGCGAUGUUGGACCGGCUUGGGACGUCGUCGUUGAUGCGGUGCGAGAUGAAGGGGCGCAAAAAGUCCGCUGGCGGUUCAAGACAGACCGCAUGUGGUUCAAGUAG